UGAGCAACGUAACCAGAAGGGGUGACAACAGAGACGCAACUCCAGAGCUGUCUGACAGGCCCUCAGUCAUGACUCUACUUCUGUUAACAACACUGCUGGUCUCAGGUCUGGGCAGUCUCUCCUCCUCUGUGCCACGUCAGUUCCAUGUGGUGAAGGAACAGAAGAACUGGACAGAAGCUCAGCAGUACUGCAGAGAGGAGUUCACUGACCUCGCCACCAUAGACGACAUGACAGAGAUGGAGAAGGUCAAGAGCAUGAUCCAGGAAGCAGGUGCUGGAGACGCUUGGAUUGGGCUGAAGACGGGAGAGUGGCAGUGGUCUCUGGCUGACAGGGAUUUCUACAGAGAGAAUGAAGCAGAGUUCAGGAACUGGUAUCCAGGCCAACCAGGUGGAGGAGGUGGUGAAGAGUGUGUGGGUAUGAUGGCUGGAACAUGGCAUGAUUACUGGUGCAGCAGCAGCAGUCCCUUCAUCUGCUAUGAUGGGGGAAACUCCACACAUCCCUAUGUGCUGGUCACUGAGUACAAGAACUGGACAGAUGCUCAUAAAUACUGCAGAGAGAAACACACAGACCUGGCCAGUGUGAGGAAUCAGACAGAGAAUGACCAGAUAAAGGAUGUUAGUGGAGGUAGACGUGUCUGGAUCGGCCUGUUCAGAGAUGCCUGGGAGUGGUCAGAUGGCAGCAGCUCCUCAUUCCGCUACUGGAACACUGGAGAACCCAAUGAUCAGGGUGUGGCAUGCACUCUAAUUAUGCCCAGUGGUCAGUGGAAUGAUGCAGGCUGUGGCCAUCCUAGUCCCUUCAUCUGCUAUGGAGAGGUGAAGAGUCAGAUUGUGAGAGUGGAGCUUCAGGUAGCUUCUCAUGUAAUCAUCAAUGACCCUGCCGUGCAGCAGGCCUUCGUACAGCAGAUUCAGCAGAGACUGAGGGAGAGUGGGAUGCCAGCAGGCGCCAAACUGACCUGGAGGACGCAACCGGAUGGACAGAUCUUCAAAGAGAAGAAGGAGACAAAAGAAGAGGGGAGGAAGAGGAGGAAGAGAACUGAGCUCUAAACACUCUGCUGCUGUUCAUGUGAUGUAUGAAGUGUGUAAACUGGGAGAUGGACACACUGUCGGCACACACAGGGCAGUAAACUGAGUGCUCAGCACGUCCAGUUUGUACUUAUGAAGACAAAAAGUCUCAUUUUUAACUUCUAUUUUGUCUUCUUGGCUGGUGAUUGCUUUGGUAAUACUGAAUUUAGGGCUAUGGUUUUUGGGGAAACAAUUGUAAUUGUUUGAAAAUUGAAUUAAUUAAAUAAAAUA